AUUUAUUUUAUUUCAGUUUUACUUUAGUUUUUAUUCUUUAUUUCAGAACUUUAUAUUAUGUCACGAUUUCGAGAAUGGAGUUUGGAAUGCAAAGUUUAUGUUGGCAAUCUCGGUAGCGGAACAGCUAAACAUGAAAUAGAAGCAGCUUUCAGUAAAUUUGGGCCACUACGUAAUGUGUGGGUAGCGCGAAAUCCUCCCGGAUUCGCUUUUGUAGAAUUUGAAGAUCCUCAAGAUGCCGAAGAUGCUUGCAGAAGUCUUGAUGGAACACGGCUGUGUGGUAGUCGUGUUCGUGUGGAAAUGUCACAUGGAAGAAGUAGGAGAGGUGGAAGACGACCGCCGCCACCUCCACGCUAUGGAAAUUAUAACAAUAGACGAACAGGACAUGGCAGGUAAGCAAUUGAAACUAUUGCAUUUGAACAAGCAGCAGACCAAAAAGCCUAUAUAAACAAGAGAUAUUGUUAUAAUAUAUUAUAUACUGUAUACUGUAAGUCUAAAUUACUUAUAAUCCUGAAAACAUUUAAUUUAGAAGUUAACUGAAACAGUAUAAAAAAUCAAAUUUAAAAGCAUGUAUGAAAAAAGAUUAUUAAUAUGAAAUAGUUUUAUAAAAUUUUAUAAGUAUAUUUUAGAAUGAUUGAGUUUCAAAAUUUUAAAAAUUUCAAUUUCCAAUUUUUUGGAAGUCAGUUUUGUUAAACACCUGAGGUAGGCCUUGGUGAAGUCUAAAAACGUUCGGAAAGUAUGUUAAAGGUCAAUUACUGGUUAAAAUUAAUAAAAAAUAAAAUAAUAAU